UUUAAUAGCAUGUUACUUAGUUUUUGCGACAAGAAUGACUGCUGACCAAGCGAUUGUAUUUGUUCGGGCAAAGCGACCCAAUUCCAUUCAAACUCGAGGACAGCUACUAUGUGUAAGGGAAUUUACUCAGUUUCUGAUUCCUCUUCGCAAUGUGUUCUCUUGCUGUGACCCCAAAGCCCAUGCUGUCACCUUAGCACAGUAUCUAAUUCGCCAGCGGCAUCUGCUUCAUGGUUAUGAAGCACGACUACUGAAACAUGUGCCAAAAAUUAUCCACCUCGUUUGCAAACUGCUAUUGGACUUAGCUGAGAACAGGCCCAUGGUGACAGAAAUGGCAGUAAUACCCAGCCUCUCUGAUGAAAUUGAGAAGACCGUUUCUGAGAUGGUGACAAUGCAGCUGGGUACAGAGUUGCUGAGACACAACAGUGACACAUUGAACUCCUUUAGCCCUGCUGCAGUGGCGGCAGCUUUUGAGAAUCAGGAUGUGAUUCUCUCCAGUGAACAAGAGUUUGACCUUCUUUGGAAGAGGCGGAAUGUCGAAUGCCUUCAGCCCCUCACUCGCUUGAAAAGGCGACUCAGCUACAGUGACUCGGAUUUAAAGUGGGCAGAGUCACUUCUGGAGCAAGGGGGCACUCCAUGGAUAGUGCCUGCCCAGGCCCUUCUUUGCCCUAACCCCAGGCAGCAGAAGCCCCUAAGCUACUGUCACACUUCACAGUCCCCACAGCCAGAUUUAAAUAAGGAAAUGCUGGUCCACAGUGCAUUUUCUUUCUGGCAUCAGGCUAAUUUUGGAGGCCUGGAAGGGCUCAAAGAUGACGGGUCACAAACUUUCCAUAGGAAGAAUAUUCCAAAGGAAGUACAGAGAAGCAGAACCUUCUCUUCAAGUAUUUCAGAGUCAUACAACCCUGUCACACCCAACAUUGCAAAUAUCCCCAAGGCACCAAACCGUUUUCCCCAGCAAGUACCCCACUGUCUGUGUGAAGUCCAUGGUGGCUACAGCUCAGACUGUGUCAUGGAGGACAAGGGGACUUACCACAGCCCUGUGGACUGUGGCUUAGGCCCCAAAGCACAGUUCUCGGUUGGACCUGAAACCCAGGGCAGUGAAGAUCUGUCUGAAGUAACCCUACACGCUGCUUUGCAGUCGGAAUUGAGCAUCGAAGCACGGCGAAUACUGGCAGCCAAAGCCCUGGCAAAUUUCAGUGAGUUUGCAGAGAAUGAGGAAGUGAAAAGAAAGGUAGAAAUGUGGCAGAAAGAACUAAAUUCCCGAGAUGGAGCUUGGGAAAGAAUAUGUGGUGAAAGAGACCCUGUUACCCUGUGCAGUUUAAUGUGGUCUUGGGUGGAGCAGCUUAAGGAGCCUGUGAUAACCAAAGCAGACGUGGACAUGUUGGUGGGCAGGCACGCGGAAGCCACCGAAGCGCUGUUUUUGCUGGAGAAGGGCCAGCACCAGACUAUACUCUGUGUAUUGCAUUGCAUCGUGAGCCUGCGGACGAUUCCUGCAGAUUUGGAAGAAGCAGUUCUCACCCAAGCCAUUAAAGCUUUCACUAAGGUUAAUUUUGAUUCUGAAAAUGGACCAGUAGUUUACAACACCCUGAAGAAAAUAUUUAAACACACACUGGAAGAAAAAAGAAAAAUGACACAAGGUGGCCCGUGGCCUGGUGUUCAGUGAAGUGGACUCUCCCACCGAGGCAAUGAUUUUGGCGGGAAGAUCCAGAUGCCAUUUCUGCUCAUAGGUGAACAAGGUGGCAUGUAGAGCCACUUCGUUUCAAAGCACUUUAUUUCAGAAGCUCUUGCUUCAUGCUAAGAAUGCUUGUUCCUGUUUGGAGCAAUUAUUUAUUUUAAAAUACCCUUGAGCUACAUUUUUGUGUUGAAAAAUUACCAUAAAGUUGGUGCCACUUUCUUUUAUUUAUUUAACUGAAUCAGUAUUGUGUUGAUAUUUUAAGUAUGCUGUAUUUACAUCCUUAUUAUUUUUGACAUUUUGGGAAAAGUUGUAACUCUUCUUUCCCAAACAAUUAUUUGCUGAUGGAACUCUUCUAGAAUUUUACCAAAUGGAUAAUUUUAGUAGUAAAACCUCAUUGUGUAUACAUCCCCCUGUUACAUGGCCUAAGAAAGUCACCAAGUGUCUUAAACUGUUUUAUAUCUGUUAGUAAGAAGGCUAUUGAUACAUUUUUAAAGGAUUUUUAAGAAUUUGGACUUUACUUUCUUUUUAUAAAUGUGGCAGUGGGUUUCAAAGUGUAUUAUUUUUCAGUGAUUUAAUUUUACAUGAAAGAAUUGACUGAGGCGGUUAGGUUUUUUUAUACAUAGGAAGUUGACUUGUUCUCUGUGAGGCCUCCAGGUGACCUUGCUGACCAGUGCUGUCACAGGAGGCAGGAGCAGGUCCCAGCUACAAGCCCUGCUCCCACUCCCCUAGGCUGCUGCUGAGCCAAGCAGCAUCUCGACAGAGGAAGUGAGCUCAGUUGCCCGGCAGAAUGGGAAGCUGCUCAGAGGCAGGGCUCCACAGAAAGGAUGGUCUUUUGGGAGCAGCUCUGUAACUGCUCUUUUCAGGCUGCAGGACAUGGUGGUGUGAGAGCCCCACCCCUCUCAAACUGCCCUUCCAUGCACCCAGUUGCCUCAGAGCCCUAUCUUUGGCUGCUUUUUUUUACUAUGACAAUUAAGAUUUUUUUAAAUUAGUUUGACCUGUGUAGGUUGUGUUCACCCUACUGGUAAGAAUAGGUAAGAAGUAAACCUAAACUAGUUCCUUGUAAAUCAGACUCAGCACUUGAAGCCACACUAUUAUUUAAAGGAAUGAGAGGGGCACCAGAGGCCACGUUGCAGGGAAAAUAGUAGUUUUUCCCAAGAAAAGUGACACUAAUCAAACCAAUUUUAAACUAAAGCUACUACUUAAAUCUUAAAGAUGGAAUUCCAUGGGAAGCUAGACUAAUUUACAGCAAAUAAAAUUUCCCCCAGCACCUGCAUUCUGACAAGCUCUAGCACAUCAAAACCAGUCCAGUCAUUAGCAUCCUUACUGACUUUAGUGGCAAAUGCUAUUUCCUCCCACACUGAAUAUUCUUAGGAAAUCAAAUCCAAUAAAUUUUAAUGAAGUGGGUUGCCCAUUCCUUAAAUUCUCAUUUUCAAGUGCCUGAGCUAGGAAAGAUGGGAGAAAACAAUGACAUUUUAUCUAAAUAAUGACAUUUUAUGACAAAUCCACUGUCAUUUAUAAUGACAUUAUAAAAGUUUGACUUUCACCUGAAAAGAUGUUCAUUCCUUACCUCUGUCAGGCUCACGUGGACAGGUACCACCACAGCUCAUUUCACAAGUGGCUGUUGGCCUGUGCAUCUGAACCUAUGGUUUCAACUUAAGAGGAUAGAUGCUGCACAGCCACACUUGUCCACUGCAUGCACAUCUAUAGUCUUGACCAGCCUGGAAAGAGAGCUGGAAGAGAUGUUAAUCAGGUUGUAUACAAGCUUUAUAUUUACUUGAAUAAAAGUUAAAAGAACA